GAGAUAAACUAUACACGGAGAAGAAGACUUUGAGCAUGCGCAUAACCUUGCGCGCUGUAUACGAACCAAAAUGGUGUUGUCCAUUAUCGCUUGUUGCUCAUAACAGUUUCAUAGAAGCAAUAGAUUUUGCUGUAAUAAAGCUAGUAGGCUUUGUAGCAACACGAACACAAUCAUGUGGUCCGCCAUUAUUAUUGUUGCUGUCAUGUGUGACGCAGCCGACACGUGAUGUGAUGACAUCAUCGUUUCACAAAAUAUACGGAUUGGCCGUACACAUGAAACCGCAAGGGUGGCGUUUUCAGAUUUAUCCACUUUGGGACCCGGUUUCAAAAAAUAGCGGUUUCAGUCUCCUAAAACGCCGGAUCCGUGUGGACGAAACGCCAAUACGAUAAAAAAUGUAUACGUAUACAGCGAAACGCGUCUCCGUGUGGACAGGCCCAGAGAUCAUGUUUUAGGUGUGGGUUUGAUUGUGGAGAUAGAGAUUUGCGGUUUUACUGGGUUUAUAAUUGUCUGCCGGGUCAUCAAAUUGACACAGAUGUCUGACUGUUUAUCUGGAUACAUUCACACCCUCGAGCCGCGCAUGUGCGUGUGUAUGUUGUGUGUAUGGAUAGUUUUUGAUUUGAGAACUGUAGUUUUGUUCACAGAGGACACAAGGGCAGCAGUACAGUCAAAUGAGUUCACAUGGAAUCAUUGUAGAGUGUUCCGUCUCUCUUUCUCUCUCUAUCUCUGCCUCUAUCUCUCUUUAUCUCUCUUUCUCUCUGUACCACAUUGAUUCCAUUAAAUACAUAAAAAUGUCCAUAAACUAUUUGUAAAACAAGGAGACAGCAGGACCAUCCACCCGACUGUACCGCUACCAAUAACCUCAGGAAUGGAGGAGACGGUGUGGGAGCAGUACACUGUGACUCUACAGCGGGACUCCAAGAUGGGGUUUGGAAUUGCUGUGUCUGGUGGCAGAGACAAUCCCAACGUAGACAGCGGUGAGACAUCCAUCAUCGUGUCCGAUGUCCUGCAGGGAGGCCCGGCUGAUGGCUUACUGUUUGAAAAUGACCGGGUUAUACAGGUCAACACCAUUCCCAUGGACAGCGUGUCUCAUUCCUUUGCUGUACAGCAACUUCGAAAAUGUGGAAAAGUGGCUAAAAUAACAGUGAAAAGGCCUCGCAAAGUUGCUGUACUCAAGCGCCCCCCUUCCCCGGACAGGGACAGCCGGGACUACAACCUACAGUCCAGCUAUUACCCGGAAGACAACCGCAGCACACACAGUGACACAGAUUUGGAUUACUCCAGGGGUAAUGGUGGACUGGGCUACCCUCGUGGACCAGAGCGUCAGCGCGGCACUUUGGAGCAGGAGUACCGCAGCAGGGGGCGCAGCACAGAUAGAUCACCCAGCCCAGAUAGGACCCACCACAGGGACGGGAGCCGGGGACGGAGCUUGGACCGCAGCGUCAGCCCUGAACCACGCUACCAUGGGCAGCAAGGCCGUGGCCACGGGACUGGUUACAGAGGAGGGGGCAGUCCUGUGCCAGGAUAUGACACGAAGAUGAUAAGGAGUUACAGCAGAGAUCAGUUGCAUGAGGACUCGCCGUCACCUAGUAGGGGGCGUGGGAAAGAUCCUAGCUACCACGAGCCGUUGGAUCCUCCAGUCAGUGUCCUGCUUGUGAAAAACAGGCCCAGUGAAGAGUAUGGUCUUCGUUUAGGCAGCCAGAUUUUCAUUAAAGAGAUGACCCGGACUGGACUGGCUGCCAAAGAUGGGAACCUCCAGGAGGGUGACAUCAUCCUCAAGAUUAACGGGACCGUGACAGAGAAUCUGUCUCUGAGUGAUGCGGGGAAGCUGAUCGAGAAGUCUCGGGGGAAAUUGCAGCUGGUGGUGCAGAGGGACCACAGGCAGAUCCUGGUGCGCAUCCCAGCCCUGGCAGACAGCGACUCCGAGCCUGACGAUAUGUCCGAGAUGGAAUCAUACAGAUCAUAUUCACCACAAGAUGACCGAAAGUCACGGCAGUCAGACAUUUCUUCCCAUUCCUCCAACGAUCUGCCACGCGAGAGUGCCAGAGACGAGCCCACGAACAGACUGGCUAAGGUGGGUCCACCAUUGUCUCCUUACAAAGUCAGAAACGAGCCACCUGCAGUGCAGGUAGAGAAAGAAGAUCCACCAGAGGAGCCUCCAGCACCGAUCAGAAAAACACCCAGAAUUCUGCUGCGGCCAAGUCCUGAGGAUGAAGAGCUGUACGGGCCAAAUACUAUCAUGGUGAGCUUCCAGAAAGGAGAGAGCGUUGGCUUGCGGCUUGCAGGGGGAAACGACGUGGGCAUCUUCAUUGCCGGCGUUCAGGAGGGCAGCCCUGCAGAAGAGGAGGGCCUUCAUGUUGGGGACCAAAUUGUGAAGGUGAAUAAUGUAGACUUUCGAGGAAUCAUACGUGAAGAGGCGGUGUUGUUCCUGUUGGAGCUCCCCAAAGGAGAAAACAUCACUAUACUGGCACAGAGCAAAGCAGAUGUUUACGAAGACAUCCUCAUGUCCGGACGGGGAGACUCCUUCUUCAUUCGGACUCACUAUGACUAUGAGAAGGAGCAGCCGCAGUGCCUGGCCUUUUCUAGAGGGGACAUCUUCAAAGUGGUGGACACACUGUACGAUGGCAAGUUGGGAAACUGGCUAGCUAUCCGUGUGGGCAAGGAUAACCAGCUGCUGGAGAAGGGCAUUAUACCCAACAAGAGCAGAGCUGAACAGAUGACUAAUGUCCAGCACACUCCUAAAGCCUCCAGCAGUGACAGAGCUGACUUUUGGAGGCUUCGGGGCCAGCGAGCAGCUAAAAAGAAGGACUUACGCAAGAACCGAGAGGAUAUGAGCCUCGUCUCGACUCGCUUCCCUGCCUAUGAGCGGGUGGUGCUCAGAGAGGCUGGUUUCAGGAGGCCCGUGGUCCUGUUCGGUCCUAUAGCUGAUGCUGUUGCUACUAAACUUGCCACCGAGCUGCCAGAGGAGUUUGUCAUUGCCAAAACAGAGCCUAAAGAUGCAGGGUCAGAGAAGUCUUCCGGGGUGGUGCGUCUCAACACCAUCCGACAGAUCAUCGAACAGGAUAAACAUGCGCUGCUGGAUGUGACCCCGAAGGCCGUGGACACAUUAAAUUACACACAAUGGUACCCCAUCGUCGUUUUCUUUAAUCCAGACAGUAAGCAUGGGGUGAAGACUAUAAGGCAGAGGAUAAUCCCUAACUCAAACCGCAGUGCCCGCAAACUCUAUGACCAGGCUAUGAAGCUCAGGAAAAACUGCUCACACCUCUUUACCGUUGUUAUUGAUCUGAACGCAGCCAAUGAUGCAUGGUACGGCAGUGUGAAAGACUGCAUUCGGCAGCAGCAGACUCAGGCUGUGUGGGUCUCAGAGGGCAAGCUGGACGGGAUGGCAGAGGGAGACCUUGAUCUCCACGACGACCGCAUGUCAUAUCUAUCGGCGAUGAGUGCUGACUAUCUGAGCAUCGACAACCGUGUGACCAGCGACUACGAUGACACUCCUGACGAGGGAGGAGCCUAUACGGAUAACGAGCCUGAUGACUCGCUAGAGCGUCAGCGUGUGUCAGCUAUCAGCAGAUCCUCCGAACCGGUCAUGCCAGAGGAGCUCUUCAGGAAGUCCAGCCCAGAGAUUCGCUUCAACUCCCGCAUGGGUGUGGUGAGCAGAGAGUCGCCGGUUGAGACCAGCCCUCCUGUACUGUCCACCUUCCUUCCAGAUCCACCCAAGGUCAGCCGGUCAGCCAGCCCUGCAGUCAUCCAGGUGAAACCACUGGCCCAAGGUGAAUCCCCACACGGACACUUCAACCAGCCACGAGAACCAAAUGCCAGCAAUCCUGAAAACAUCGAGCACCAUCACGUCCAAAAUUCCCCCAGCAUCACAAAACCUGUUCCACCUCCCAAAGCACUGAAGCCCACUUCUGUCCCCAGAGCCCCCAGAGUUCUUAUGGACAGCCCCAUCAAGGACCGCGAGCCUCCAGAACCGAGCCCUGACGACCCUUCACAAAGGUCGUUCCUGGGCAAGCUGAAAGCCUUCGAGAAGAUGGACCAAUUCGCAAGAGCACAAAGGGUGAUGGAGCUACAGCAGGCUCAGGAUGCCAGGUUGGAGAUUGCUCAGAAGCACCCAGACAUCUACGCCGUCCCUGUAAAGUCCCCCAAACUGGACCACAGCAGACCACAGCCUAUUGGAUCCAGCGCGAAACCAGAACCUCAAACCCCUCCCUCCAAAGUGCCCUACUUGGACAGCAUCUCUGCCUGCCCCUACAAAGAGGACAUGUGUGAGGAAGAAUACCGACAACGGUUAGGAGACCCAACCAAACACGGCUACUAUCAUAACACACAAGAAUAUCAGGACACAGAGCUGUAGAGCUCCACACACUGUUCCACCACCAUUCCACCACCAGGGCUUUCAACAGCUGCUCACGCCCAAGCCUUUCCUGAUCUUUAGAUUUCUGAUUUAACUCCAUGUGGACAAAAAGGCCUAUUUGUUUAUAAAAAAUUCUAUAUAUAUACAUAUAUAUAUUUAUGCCAGUUAAUUUUUUUCCUUUGUGUGGAAGGAAGGAGCCACUUUCUUGCCUAUGCAACUAAGUCAGUUUUUAUUCUGAGCUACAGAAACUUCUUGCCAUGACUCUUUGAUUUUUGCUUCAUGACAACCUUAAGCCUGGCGCACGCCACCGGUCAGCUUUUUUUUCCCUUUCUUUUUUUCAGUUUGUUUUUUUGUGAGCCAGAAGAAGCAAAAUGCCUGAAGAAUGGUCUGAAAAAUGCCACUCUUUGGAGUAUACACUCCUCAGCCUUUGCAUUCCGUCAUUUCUGAUCACCUGAGUGUAUGAUUAUAUAAUACAAUACACUGGAUUUUGUUACGAUGUUUUAAAGUGCCUUUUACUUUCUGACUAAUACGGGGGUGUGGGGACUUGACAAUCCAGACCGCUGGACAAUAAAUAUUAUUUUGCUGCUCACAAGCUUCAAGGGCAAACAGGAAAAAAGAGACGACACCAAAACCCUUAAUACUGUACUACUGUUCACCUGCCACCCCUGUCUUUACUGUUAGCAACAGCUAGGAGUGAUGAAGUCUGCUCAGAGUCAUGUUUCCCACAGGUUUGUGUGUGAGUAUGUGUAUAAGAGAGAGAGAGGGUUUGUCUAGAGUAUUUGAUACAACCCCUGGUAAGAAAUACUUCGUAGCAAAUAAACACAUCACAGGUAUAACAUGUAACAAUUUAAUUCAAUUAUUGUAAUUAGUGGUAUAAUUAUUUUUCCAGAUCAAGUAGGACAAAAUAUGGAAUCACUCAAUCUUAAAAAAAAAAAAAAAAAAAAAUCUAAUGACAUUUUUGCUCUUCCUCUGGGAUUUAUGGCGUCUUGAAUUCGUUGACGCAUGGACUUCACUAAUAAAAAACAUCUAAAUUUUCUCCAUCAAGAAUACUUUCUCAAACAACAGUUGAAGGGUCAGUUUUUCAUUUUUUUUUCAUUCAGGUUGAAAUCAAAAGUCAUUGAGUUCAUAUGCCUUUCCUAAAGGAAGUAUUUAAUACUGUACUCUUUGCUCUGUGAAAAGCAUCAUUAUUAUUAUUAUUAUUAU